AUCGGAGAACACUUUAGUCUGCUGUGAGUUUUUAUAAACGCAACGACCACAUUUUAAAUUUCAAUAAUAAAUUCAAAAUAACAUUCGCCAAUAGUCGUGGCUUUGUUAUUGUCUUUGAAAUUUUAUUAUUUAUCUUAAAUUAAAAAAGUGUUAAACAGAAAAUUUCUAUAAAAUGGCUCAAAUGGUACAAAUGACCACUGAACAAUUACAACAACUUAUCGAGUCGGUACGUGUUUCUGCUGCAGCUGGCACUGUAGUUGCUGCCGCCAAGUCCAAAGGAAGUUUUAGUAAUUGUUCAUCUCGUUUUGGCGGUCAACGUGAUCAUAAAGCUGUUGAAGAAUUUAUUACCAGCAUAGUGACCUACAAAGAAGUCGAAUCGAUUAGUGAUGAAGAUGCUCUAAAGGGUGUUUCAUUGUUGUUCUAUGGUUUGGCCUCAACCUGGUGGCAGGGUGUGCGUAAGGAGGCAAAAUCGUGGAAUGAUGUUUUAGCUUUAAUACGUGAUCAUUUCUCACCCACUAAACCUUCAUAUCAAAUAUAUUUGGAAAUCUUUGAGAAGAAACAAGAUGACAAAACCGCUAUUGAUACUUUUGUGUGCCAGAAGAGAGCCCUAUUGGCUCAAUUGCCCGAUGGUAGACAUGAUGAAGAAACUGAAAUUGAUUUAGUAUAUGGUUUGCUCAACAUCAAAUAUCGUAAACAUAUUGCUCGUCAAGACAUUAAAACAUUCCGUGAGCUAUUGGAAAAGGGUCGUGUUAUAGAACAUAAUAUGUUGGAAGCUGAAGGUAGUCAUCAGGAUAAAAGACGUCAGAGACACUAAAGCAAAAGGUUAUAUAUGAGAAAUGUCACAAAAAGACUAUAUAUACUACCAACUUAUUUGUCUUAAGAAAGUGACAAAACUGGAUUUCCAUAAGUGGUCUUAUGCUGAGAAAGGAAAUACGCUGUUUGGUAAAUGACAUCAUUAAAGAGAAACGUUAAUCUCUCUUUUACAAUUAAAUUUAUAUAGACUUCUCUUAGUUAAGUGUCUGAGGGUUUUCUAUACAAAUUUUGAACGUUUUAUUUUUUUUUUAAAUUUUGUUUUUUUUCAAAUUUAUAUAAAAAUUUUAAAUAUUUUUAAUUUGUAUAGAAUUACUUUAGCAUUUGAUUAAGGGGAUUACGUCUCCUUAUUAAUAUUUUACGCUAGUUUAACAAACCGGCUAUACAGGCUAAGAACGCCUGGUCUUUAAAAGUAAAUUUCUACAAAUCUUUUAGAUUUAAAAGAAAUCUUGGGUUAUUAUAUGCAAUUAUUGCAUCAUAAGUCGGAUAUCUUUCUAUAUCCAAGUGUAUCCAGUGACUCUCUUUUAAUGUUUGAAUUUUUUUAAGAACUGAAACUUUUAUCUAAUUUUUCAAAACCCUUGACAUAAUUAGAACUUGUGUCUGAUUUGUUUUAAGUGUUAAAGAAAACUAAGAUUUAAGUUUUAAAGUUAUAAAUUAUUUGAUUAUUUUAAGAAAGUUGCUGAAAAUCGUUAUAUUAAAUGUUUUGAAAAUUGAACUUAAAGAAAAUUUUUAGUUUUAAGUAAAAUUUUUGAAAUAUUUGUUUUAAUUUAUUUUUUUCGAAAUUAAACAAAUAUUUUAAAAUUUAUGCUGGAAAAAAAUAGAAAAUUUUCUUUAAGUGUUUUUCUCUAACACUUAAUAUGACAAAAACCUUCCCCUUGGGGAAACUCCCGCUUUUGUGGAAAAUUUUGAAAAUGUUAUGAUAUAAAUAUGGAACCACAGCGUUGCAGAUAAUAUUCUAGAAAAUUAUUUAAACUUAAGUUUUAUUUUAUUUUCUUAAGAACUUUUCUUGAAAAGUUUUAAGAAAUUUUAAAGUAUUUGCUUUAGUGAUAAAUAAUUUUUGAAAAUCUUAUCUGCAAACUGUGAUCCAGAUUUAUUUGUCAUUUGUUUUCUUAAUUUUCUAUAAAGGCAAAAAACUUUUCGCUUUGCGAAAAAAAACUUUGAAAAACUGAAUAUUAUUUAUUCAAAUCAAUAUGAAACUAAAUUGUACUAUAGUGGCUAUAUAAUCGCCAUUCGUACAAUUGACAACACCUUACUACGAUUUUUCAAAUGUUUAACAUUUUUAAAUCUCGUAUAAAGGUACGCCAGUCUUUAUACUAUAUAUAAGUUAAGAUUCGCUUUUAAGUUUUAUGAAAUCCUGUAAAAAACUCUAAGGCUUUCUGAACUUUCUCUUAUCGUCACUACGAUUAACUUAAGUUUAUUUUUUCUAAACAAAAAACAUAACUACAAAUAUCUUUUAAUCUCACAACUAUUAACAAGUCUAAUUUAAUUUUGCCAAGCAUUUAAAAGUUGGCGCUCUCUGGAGGUCAGCCCUAAUGCAACUGAAAAUUGUCUGGUUUUUUGUUUAGUUUUUAAAACUUUAUUUAAUAUUAUUAUUUUUUUAGUUUGUUAUAAAUAAAUUUUACUCAGAUUUUGCAAUUUGUAAACUAGUUUUUAAGAAUUUUCAAAAAAGGAAAAAAGAAGAACAAACUACAGCCAAAGAAAAAAAGCAAAUGCAAGAACUAAAUAAAUAUUGAAAAAGUCAAUUAUUUUUUAUAAAAGAAACUAAAAUU